AUGAUGUCAGAUUACGAGGCUCUGUUAAGAUUUAGUCAGUAUCCUAUAUCUCAAGAUAUGAUUAAGUAUUUGGAAGACAGGACAAAAGCACUUGUUACAGUCAAAAAUACUAAUGGGUCCAGUUCCCAACUGCCUACUCUAAAUGAUUUUAUAUGCAAUUUGGUUAUCAGAUCUCGUGUCAAUACCUCAACUUUAAUGUCAACUACUGUAUUUUUGAAUAAACUAAAAGAAAUCCUGCCCCGCAAUGUAAGUGGUAUGGAAACAACAAGACAUCGAAUAUUCUUGGGCUGUUUGAUACUCUCUGCAAAGACUUUAAACGAUUGCUCUCCAACAAAUAAAUACUGGUCGCAGCAUUGUGACGGUUUGAUUAGUGUCAGAGAAAUAAACAAAAUUGAAAGGGAGUUAUUGAAAUAUUUUAAUUGGGAUGUCACGAUAAAAGUCGAGGAGCUAACUAAGAGCCUCCAACGAUUCCUUGCAAGAAACAGUGUGAAAUGUAUUCCUCAGAAUAUGUUGUGCCUCAACAAAGAACAAAGGUAUGAUAACUUUGUAAGGCAAGCCAAUUCGCUAGCAUUGUCACCAAGCUCAAGUGAGGAGACUUUAUGCUCCUCAUCAUUGGAAUCUUCACCUGCUAAAAAAGGAAUUCCAAAUGAAUUUGUUCCAAUCUAUACUGAGGUUUUCGCAAAAAGAAGAAACAGCUUAAUAGGAUCAGUUGAAGUGAAACAAAUGAUAAGAAGCAGAACGGAUCACCCGAUGAAAGACCUAAAGCUAGAAUAUGGCAAUGAAAAAAACCUCAUUAAAAAGAUUAAACGUAUGGGGUGGCAUUCUAUAUUCAAAUUAUAG